AUGUCUGAAGAACUCUUUUUGAAAGCAAAUAAAUUUUAUGAUGAAAUGUUAACUGAAGAAACAGCCUCUCUAAUCCUUUAUUUGUGUGCAUUUAGUAAGAAUAAUCAUAAUUUUCUUGAAGAAAGUCUUACUAUGCUUCAGCAAAGAAAGAUUUAUAGAGAGUUAUAUUAUGAAAUUAAUAGCAAUAAAGAAAAUGAAGAGUUUGUAUUGCAGAAUUCUAAAAAAAAAUGUGGAAAAG